GAGCUAUAAACCCAAGAAUUUACUUCCUAUCAAAGGCCAAGAAGAAACACCGUCGGGUUGAGAGACAGAUAAGCGGCGAGAGGAAACGAGAGAGGGUGGGUUUCCCGGUGAGGGAGAAGAGAUGGCUGAGUGAGAGAGGAUACGUCAACGAGAGCUGCUAGACCAAACAAAAGUUCGGAACCUUCUGAUAGAAUCAGAGGUUCAAAAUCUCAUUUCAUUAAUAUAUUUCUCAGACACGUCAAGAUCUUGUACGUGCGUAGGGGUUAACCAAAUUCUUGCUACUCAUUCAUUUUCCGUAGAGAAAUGCGAAGAUUCACCUGGAUUCUGCGGCAUUUACAGGCGAGAAGAAUCGUUGAAUCCGCAUUCGGACAGCGACCAGCUUCACAAGCUUGCAAUUACAUCACUUGGAAGUCCUCAGAAGUUGCAGGAUUUCAAAAGCCAUUUUCUCAGCGUUAUAUUCACGCAUCAGGAAGAUCCUGCUUUGCGGCUGGUGAUUACUAUGAAAUCCUGGGUGUUUCGCCGGGUGCAACCCGGGAUGAGAUUAAGAAGUCAUUUCAUGAACUCGCGAAGAAAUAUCAUCCCGAUGCAAAUAGGAAUAAUCCUUCUGCUAAAAGGAAAUUUCAGGAAAUAAGAGAAGCUUAUGAGACCUUGGGAGAUUCUAGGAAAAGAGAAGAAUAUGAUAAGCUGCGAUAUCAGAGUUCAGAUGAUGUAAAGUAUGAUGGAGCUGAUACAGAGAGCUUUAGGCGUGCCUACCAGACUCAUUUCUCUGAUUCAUUCCACAAAAUUUUUUCCGAGAUUUUUGAGGAGGAAACCGAGAAAUUUGCAUCAGAUAUUCGGGUGGAACUGGUGCUUUCUUUUUCUGAAGCUACAAAAGGGUGCACAAAGCAAUUGUCUUUUGAUGCAUAUGUUUUAUGUGAUUCCUGUGAUGGGCGUGGCCACACUCUUAAUGCCGCAAUGGGAGUUUGCCCAACUUGUAGGGGGGUUGGACGAGUAACUAUUCCUCCUUUUACAGCAACAUGCCACACAUGCAAGGGAUCAGGACGUGUUGUUAAGGAAUACUGUAUGUCCUGCAGAGGAUCAGGUGUUGUGGAAAGCACAAAGGAGGUUAACGUGGUGAUUCCUGGGGGGGUCGAUUCUGGAGAUACAAUCCGAGUCCCAGGUGCUGGUAAUGCUGGAGGAAGGACAACUCAACCCGGGAACUUGUAUAUCAGACUAAAGGUUGCCGAUGACCCAGUUUUCUCUAGGGAUGGCUCAGAUAUCUAUGUGGAUGCUAAUAUCAGCUUUACACAAGCCAUUUUGGGCGGCGAAAUCGAGGUGUCGACACUAUCAGGCAAGAUACAGUUAAAUAUACCAAAGGGGGUUCAACACGGCCAACUUGUUGUUCUAAGAGGCAAAGGACUGCCAAAACAAGGCUUCCUCAUAGAUCAUGGCGACCAAUAUGUGCGAUUCCGUAUUAAAUUUCCCACUGAAAUAAAUGAACAUCAGCGUGCUAUACUGGAAGAAUUUGCAAAAGAAGAAAUUAAGAACGAAGCAAGUGCUUCUGCUGAAGGAAGCUGGUGGCACCGAGUUCUCGAGCGAGUCACGGGUCCUGGUUUUAUACUCGACUUCUCUUUGCUUCUGUUGGCGCUGGUGAUGUUGAACAGGAUACUCGGAUGAUGAAGCUGUUGCAGAUGAACCAUUUCGCGAUAUCAUUACAUCCCGAAAGCAGAAGCUUUGAUCGGAUCUGAACCAGGACGAGGUUGAUGCAUCUGUUUCCGACGGGACAGCUGGUCAUCGACUCAUUUGACCUGAGUUCUAGCAAAAACCCUAAUAACAGAUCUUGAUGAUGCUCCACAAGCUUCCUUUUUUUUUCCUCUUUGUGUUAGAGUUAGAUUGCAAGCAUGAAGAAUAAUCAUGUCAAAUUCUAGUACCCAAUGGUUUCUGCAUGGUGCAAUGGUUGAAGAAAAUUUCAAAUAAAUA